UCAUAGUUUAAGUCUCUUAAGAACCCCUCUAUCUCAGAACUGACUUGAGCUGUCAUUGCUGUCUAACCCUUUCCAGUUAUUCCCAGGCAGAUAAACUAUCUGUGUUAUUUCCUUCAAAGACUCCUUUCUCUCAGACAAUCUAAAUGAAGCACCCGGAAAACAAAUCAUCGAAUAUAAUCCUGAGAUCUGUUCGGAUAACAUAAAAGGAAGGACUUUUGAUCUACUCAUCUCAGGAUGAUAUCUAGCUAAGCUAAACUAAACUAAACCUCUACCUUAAUCACAACUUAGACAGCUAUUUUGGUGGGAUAUCACUGUCAGAAGUUCGAACGACUUCAUUCUAUGAAUUGGGUUGAUCUUUAAAGUUUUGUAGCCAUAGUAGAAGGUGCUGCAGAUCCACAUUUCGAAAAGAAUACACAUGCGUUAAUGGUUGGAGGACCCCUGCAUACUUACCUACUUACUUAUCUACGACUCAAAUACUAUGCAUAAUAGUGACUCACAAAGUUGAUAAACAGUGACAAGUAAAGUGAUCAAUAGAAUAAUCUUCAAUCUAAUCGACGCAUAAUGGAGGAGCAUGAAUGCACAGUGACCUACCUACAUCUUGUUGUUGAAGUUGUUGCAAUAGAGGUCCAAGGCCGCGGCUCAAUGGGAAGGGCCAGUGCUCUAUGUGUUGAAAAACUUGAAAGGAGAUAAACCUGUUGAAUAUAGGUAAGCAGGGACCUAACGAAUAAGAGGUUAGAUGGAAAUUCAUCUAGAAGGUUAAGAACAAUUCAGGCUAGAAAUCACAGUGAUGUAUGCAAUAAGAUCUGUUGAAUCUUCAGUAGAAAGACAUUUGGAACUGACUUCCCAAUGAUUACAGCUAAGUUAAGAAGAUCUAGGAUGAGAUCAUAUUGGGAUCUUAAUUCCCAACAGAAACAAGUUACUAAUUAAGAACAUGCGAAGCAGGCUAUCUUUAUUAAUUUGCAGAGAGAGCAUAUAUAACAUCACAAAGAUACACCGAUAUUUAGCAUAGAUAUUGGAAAAGAUUUGAAGUAGUAGUAAAACCCAAUUAGAAUUCAGUAUAUGCUAUGUGACGUAUAAAGAUUGGUUUCAGACGGAUACUUUGAACCUCUAUCCUCACAAAUCUUUGGGGAAUCGCUCUAACUAUUCUUCAACGAUAGUUGUCUUAAGAAAAUGACAAAAAGUUCAGUCCCUUGCUUCCUUCCUCAGUUUCACUUAACCCUAUUGGACCAUGCUUAGAGAUACAAAGGGACGAAACAUCUAGCAGGCUUCAUGUUCAGAGAGAAUAACGUUGACAAAAGGGUAGUAACUGACAGGUCUCUAGACAGGAAUAGGUUUAAUCUAAUAUUCUAUUCAAUAUUUCAACAACUUCCCGAAGCAACUUAAACUAAUGAAUACACAAAAGCUGGAGCUUAGUUAUACUAUAUUCUCCAACGAAUUUCCAACUUAUACCACGCCUAUAUAUAAGAUCUCGACAUGGUAGCUGAGAGACAAACCAGCACUGCACUUUUAUUUCCUGUCUAUUCCUCCCACGUCUUCCCAUCUCAGAAGUCUCAGACUUCUCCCCUCAUCACCUGUUUACAUUUCCAUUUCUAGCAAAAAGGCAGAUCAUCAACAUCAUAGUGCUUUCUUUUCCAAUCAAAGAUCUUUCCUUUUCCUACUUGCAUUUAAGCUCCAUCAUGUGGGGUUUCUGGUUUCUAGCUCUACUUGUUAUAGGCCUCAUAAGGUGGGUAUACCGCUGGAGAAAUCCCAGAUGUAAUGGGAAACUCCCACCGGGUUCAAUGGGGUUACCACUAAUUGGUGAGACCCUUCAGUUUUUUGCUCCCAACACUACUUCUGAGAUUCCUCCUUUUGUUAAAGAGAGGAUGAAAAGAUAUGGGCCGAUAUUCAAGACUAAUUUGGUCGGAAGGCCGGUUUUAGUAUCGACGGACCCCGAUCUCAACUACUUCAUUUUCCAACAAGAGGGGCACUUGUUCGAGAGCUGGUACCCAGACACAUUCACAGAGAUAUUUGGAAGACAGAAUGUGGGGUCAUUACACGGGUUUAUGUACAAAUACCUGAAGAAUAUGGUGCUCAAUCUCUUUGGCCCUGAAAGCCUCAAGAAGAUGAUCCCUGAAAUUGAACAGGCAGCAUCAAAGAGAUUGAAAAAAUGGUCUCAACAGGAGUCGGUGGAGAUAAAAGACGCAACUGCAACUAUGAUAUUUGAUCUUACCGCAAAGAAGUUGAUAAGUUAUGAUCAAGACAGUUCAUCAGAGAAUCUGAGGGAGAACUUUCUAGCAUUCAUACAAGGGUUAAUCUCCUUUCCAAUUGAUAUUCCUGGAACAGCAUAUCACAAAUGCCUACAGGGCAGGAAAAGGGCAAUGAAGAUGCUCAAGAACCUGCUAAACGAAAGACGGAUGAAUCCAAGAAAGCAGCAAAGCGAUUUCUUUGAUCAUGUACUUGAAGAACUUCAUAGGGAUGACACAAUCCUUACAGAAGGAAUUGCACUAGACUUGAUGUUUGUGCUACUAUUUGCUAGCUUUGAAACGACAUCUCUGGCUUUAACAUUGGCAAUGAAAUUCCUUUCUGACCAUCCAAAAGUGUUGAAGCAAUUAACGGAAGAACAUGAAGCUAUUGUGAAUAGAAGGCAGAAUCCUGACUCUGGUCUUACAUGGAAAGAGUAUAAAUCAAUGACAUUUACGUUUCAGUUCAUCAAUGAAACAGUUAGACUGGCAAAUAUAGUUCCAGGAAUCUUCAGAAAAGUUAAAAGAGAUAUUCAAUUUAAGGACUAUACCAUACCAGCAGGUUGGGCGGUUAUGGUCUGUCCCCCAGCUGUUCACUUAAACCCAACAAAAUAUGAAGAUCCACUCACUUUCAAUCCAUGGCGCUGGGAUGGGCAAGAAAUCAACGGAGCAACAAGACACUUCAUGGCAUUUGGCGGUGGCAUGAGAUUUUGUGUUGGUACAGAAUUUACAAAGGUCCAGAUGGCAACUUUUCUACACUGCUUGGUCACAAAGUACAGGUGGAACCCAAUCAAAGGAGGAAAUAUUGUACGUACCCCUGGUUUACAGUUUCCUGAUGGAUAUCAUGUUCAAAUCCUGGAAAGAGAUACUUAACAUAAUGUCUACAAAACAAGACAAAGGCAGUUUGCCUAGAGAAUCAGAAUGACAAGAGUUUUUGUGUUUGGCUUCUUACGAGUCAUGGGUGCUUCAGAAGAUGCAGCCACAGCAAAGAUGCUUCUUCAACAAAUGGAUAUUGCAUGGAAUGCCUAACAGAAGAAAAGUACAUUAACUUU